CCGCGGGCCGCCGAGGCCGGCGGUCGCCAUUCCCGUGUCGCUGCGCCCGCGGGGGCCGCCCGAGCCGGCCACCAUGCCGCUGGGCCUGAAGCCCACCUGCAGCGUCUGCAAGACCACGUCGUCCUCCAUGUGGAAGAAGGGUGCGCAGGGGGAGAUCCUCUGCCACCUCUGCACAGGCCGGGGCAGCGCAGGCGGCGGCGGCUCCUGCGCGGGGGCGGCCGGCGGCGCAGGGGGCGGCGGCGGCGCCGCGACCUUCGCCAGCACCUCGGCCGCCCCUCCGCAGAGCAACGGGGGCGGGGGCGGCAAGCAGAGUAAGCAGGAAAUUCACAGGAGGUCCGCUCGGCUCAGAAACACUAAAUACAAAUCCGCUCCAGCUGCUGAAAAGAAAGUUUCCACUAAAGGGAAAGGGAGAAGACAUAUUUUUAAAUUAAAAAAUCCCAUCAAAGCUCCUGAGUCUGUUUCCACCAUAAUCACUGCAGAAUCAAUCUUCUACAAGGGAGUCUAUUACCAGAUUGGAGAUGUUGUUUCUGUAAUUGAUGAACAAGAUGGAAAGCCCUACUAUGCUCAGAUCAGAGGUUUUAUCCAGGACCAGUACUGUGAGAAGAGUGCGGCGCUGACGUGGCUCAUUCCCACCCUGGCUAGCCCCAGGGACCAGUUCGACCCUGCGUCCUACAUCGUGGGACCAGAGGAGGAUCUUCCAAGGAAGAUGGAAUACUUGGAAUUUGUCUGUCAUGCACCUUCUGAAUAUUUCAAGUCACGUUCAUCACCAUUUCCCACAGUUCCCACCAGACCAGAGAAGGGCUAUAUAUGGACUCAUGUUGGACCUACUCCUGCAAUAACUAUUAAGGAAACAGUUGCCAACCAUUUAUAGUUUAAAAAGUAAACCUGGAUUUCCAAUUCCCUUGCAUUUGUACCACUGUAAGACAUGCCACAUGCUUCUUUAAUGAAAUUCUUAGAUGGAAAAAUGACUAAAGUAAUCACUAGCUUGUUUAUUAGUAGUCACUUAGAAAAUUAAAAGAGAUAGACAAGAAUUAAAUAUAUUUUGAAAUGAAGUAUUACACAUACAUUAAGUGUGUAUAUCCUCCCAGGCAAAUACUGUCAUUUCCAGGGAGACUAUUAGGAACAGGUAGUGUCUAUUUUUCUCCUUAAUUUAUUUCUAGAAACUCAUAAAAUGGAUUGUAUUUUUCUAUAAGAAUAAAAUAUUAAUUAAGAUAUAAAUUUGUAACCAAGGGCUAAAUCAAGUAAAAUAUAGCUGUGAUCAACAAUCUCUCUCACAGCAUCUCUUAAAAAAGCUUUAUUUUAUUAUCUAGAAAAUAAGACUGUUGACUGCUUUAUUAAGGAAAAUGAUUGGUGGAUGAUUUUUAUUAGCCCAGGCAUUUUAAAACUUUCAUCUAAUUCUUCUGUAGUAGAGAGAAAUUCAUAAUCAUUUGGUUGAUUUUAAUAGAGCUGCUCUUCACUGCUCUGACCUGCCUUCUCAGUCGGAACGAGGCUUCAUCAAAAGGUUAGGCUUACAGUGUGGACAGUCACCUUCUCUGAACACACAGGAAAUAUGCUCUGUAGGCACCCCAGAGCAGUAGGUUCUUGACCGCACCUAGGUCUAACAUUGGACAGCCAUAAAAAUGAUUAAUAGGUCAUUAGCAAUGAUACCUUUUAGGAUUUGAAAUAUCUCAACUGGAAUUCCAUCACCUCCACUAGGUUUGUUCAUAGUGCUGCUUGACUUCUCAUUCCAGGAUGUCUGGCUCUAGGUGAGUGAUCACACCAUCAUGAUUAUCUGAGUCAUGAAGAUCUUUUCUGUAUAGUUCUUCCAUGUAUUCUUGUCACCUCUUCUUAAUAUCUUCUGCUUUUGUUAGGUCCAUACCAUUUCUGUCCUUUAUUGUGCCCAUCUUUGCAUGAAAAUUUCCCUUGGUAUCUCUAAUUUUCUUGAAGAGAUGUCUAGUCUUUCCCAUUCUGUUGUUUUCCUCUAUUUCUUUGCAUUGAUCACUGAGGAAGGCUUUCUUAUCUCUCCUUGCUGUUCUUUGGAACUCUGCAUUCAAAAGGGUAUAUCUUUCCUUUUCUUCUUGGCCUUUUGCUUCUCUUCUUUUCACAGCUAUUUGUAAGGCCUCCUCAGACAACCAUUUUGCCUUUUUGCAUUUCUUUCUUGUGGGGAUGGUCUUGAUCCCUGUCUCAUGUACAGUGUCAUGAACCUCUGUCCAUAGUUCUUCAGGCUCUCUAGCAGAUCUAAUCCCUUCAAUCUAUUUGUCACUUUCACUGUAUAGUCAUAAGGGAUUUGAUUUAGGUCAUACCUGAAUGGUCUAGUGGUUUUCCCUACUUUCUUCAAUUUAAGUCUGAAUUUGGCAAUAAGGAGUUCAUGAUCUGAGCCACAGUCAGCUCCCAGUCUUGUUUUUGCCGACUGUAUAGAGCUUCUCCAUCUUUGGCUGCAAAGAAUAUAAUCAGACUGAUUUUGGUGUUGGCCAUCUGGUGAUGUCCAUGUGUAGCAUCUUCUCUUGUGUUGUUGGAAGAGGGUGUUUCCUGUGGCCAUUGCACUCUCUUGGCAAAACUCUAUUAGCCUUUGCCCAGCUUCGUUCUGUACUCCAGGGCCAAAUUUGCCUGUUACUUCAGGUAUUUCUUGACUUCCUACUUUUGCAUUCCAGUCCCCUAUAGUGAAAAGGACAUCUUUUUUGGAUGUUAGUUCUAGGUCUUGUAGGUCUUCAAAGAAUUGUUCAACUUCAGCUUCUUCAGCAUUAUUGGUUGGGGCAUAGAUUUGGAUUACUGUGAUAUUGAAUGGUUUGCCUUGGAAAUGAACAGAGAUCAUUCUUAUUUGAGAUUGGAUCCAAGUACUGCAUUUUGGACUCUUGUUGACCAUGAUGUUACUCCAUUUCUUCUAAGGGAUUCUUGCCCACAGUAGUAGAUUAUAAUGGUCAUCUGGGAAAAAAAAAAAAAAGGUCAUCUGAGUUAAAUUAACCAUUUCCAGGCCAUUUUAGUUCACUGACAUCCCUAAAAUGUCGAUGUUCACUCUUGCCAUCUCCUGUUUGACCACUUCCAAUUUGCCUUGAUUCACGGACCUAACAUUCCAGGUUCCUAGGCAAUAUUGUUCUUUACAGCAUCGCACCUUGCUUCUAUCACCAGUCACAUCCACAACUGGGUGUUGUUUUUGCUUUGGCUCCAUCUCUUCAUUCUUUCUGGAGUUAGUUCUCCACUGAUCUCCAGUAGCAUAUUGGGCACCUACUGACCUGGGGAGUUCAUCUUUCAGUGUCCCAUCUUUUUGCCUUUUCAUAUUGUUCAUGAGGUUCUCAAGAAUACUGAAGUGGUUUGCCAUUCCCUUCUCCAGUGGACCACAUUCUGUCAGACCUCUCCACCAUGACCAGCAAAUUUGGAAAACUCAGCAGUGGCCACAGGACUGGAAAAGGUCAACUUUCAUUCCAGUCCCAAGGAAAAGGUAUGCCAAAGAAUGCUCAAACUACCGCACAAUUGCACUCAUCUCACACACUAGCAAAGUAAUGCUCAAAAUUCUCCAAGCCUAGCUUCAACAGUACGUGAACUGUGAACUUCCAGAUGUUCAAGCUGGAUUUAGAAAAGGGAGAGGAACCAGGGAUCAAAUUGCCAAUAUCUGUUGGAUCAUCAGAAAAGCAAGAGAGUUCCAGAAAAACAUCUAUUUCUGCCUUAUUGGCUAUGCCAAAGCCUUUGACUGUGUGGAUCACAAUAAACUGUGGAAAAUUCUGAAAGAGACGGGAAUACCAGACUACCUGACCUGCCUCUUGAGAAACCUGUAUGCAGGUCAGGAAGCAACAGUUAGAACUGGUUACAAACAGACUGGUUACAAAUAGGAAAAGGAGGACGUCAAGGCUAUAUAUUGUCACCCUGCUUAUUUAACUUAUAUGCAGAGUACAUCAUUAGAAACGCUGGGCUGGAAGAAGCACAAGCUGGAAUCAAGAUUGCCGGGAGAAAAAAAAAAAGAUUGCCGGGAGAAAUAUCAAUAAUCUCAGAUAUGCAGAUGACACCACCCUUAUGGCAGAAAGUGAAGAACUAAAGAGCCUCUUGAGGAAAGUGAAAGAGGAGAGUGAAAAAGUUGGCUUAAAACUCAACAUUCAGAAAACUAAGAUCAUGGCAUCUGGUCCCAUCACUUCAUGGGAAAUAGAUGGGGAAACAGUGAGAGACUUUAUUUUUUUUGGGCUCCAAAAUCACUGCAGACGGUGACUGCAGCCAUGAAAUUAAAAGAUGCUUGCUCCUUGGAAAAAGAGUUAUGACCAACCUAGACAGCAUAUUAAAAAACAGACAUUACUUUGCCAAUAAAGGUCUGUCUAGUCAAGGCUAUGGUUUUUCCAGUAGUCAUGUAUGGAUGUGAGAGUUGGACUAUAAAGAAAGCUGAUCGUUGAAGAAUGGAUGCUUUUGAACUGUGGUGUUGGAGAAGACUCUUGAGAGUCCCUUGGACUGCAAGGAGAUCCAACCAGUCCAUCCUAAAGGAAAUCAGUCCUGAAUAUUCAUUGGAAGGACUGAGGCUGAAACUCCAAUUCUUUGGCCACCUGAUGCAAAGAACUGACUCAUUUGAAAAGACCCUGAUGCUGGGAAAGACUGAAGGAGAGAGGAGAAGGGGCCGACAGAGGAUGCGAUGGUUGGAUGGCAUCACCAAGUCAAGGGACAUGUGUUUGAGUAAACUUGGGAGUUGGUGAUGGACAGGGAGGCCUGGUGUACUGCAGUCCUGGGGUCGAAAAGAGUCGGACACAACUGAGCAACUGAACUGUACUGAGCAUUGAUAUCUUAAAAAAAAGUCCACCCCAAGUUAAAGCCAUCUGCUGUGGAUUCAUCAUAACAGGCCUAAAACAGUGUUUGAGAUUUAGAAGGCCAGGCACAGGAAUUCUAGUCAGAAUUCAGGGACAGAUUUUACUUCAAGGGCAGGUCAGCUGCGUCAGGGAGCUACAGCUUCAAAGUGGGAGGAAGUGGGGCUUACACGUACUUGCCUCCUCUCCUCUUCUGAGCUGACCAUUAUUUCCCUACCCCAAGAAAAUUUAUCAGAAUCUAAUUUAAUUAUAAUGAUUUUGAAUUGUAGCAGUUUUAACUGUUACCAUUUUUAUACACAGUUAUGGUUUAUUAGUUGGAAGAAAGUUACAAUUUGUAUAUUGUAGAUACAUAGCCCUAUGUUAUAGUUAAUCUCUCUUAUCAAAAGUUGUUGUAAAAUUGAUUGUAAAUACCAUUGUCAAUAACUAAAUGCUAGUAUUCAGAGCUGUGGAUUAAAAUGUAUUUUUCCCAAUAUAUUUACUUUGAAUUUAUUUCAUUCAUUUGUUUCAUGUAAAUAAGGGUUUUCCACCCAAAAAUGGUGUAAGUAGAAGACACUAGUGUUGUACUACUUGUAAUUUGGAGUGACAGAUUUGUCAUCAAUAUGUAAUAGAUAUUAGGAUACUCAAAGAAUGACUGAUCAAUAAAAUGAAUACAAAGUAAGGUA